CGAGAGAGCGAAGGAAGGAGAGAGAGAAGCUAAACAGGUGGUCUGAAAACACACAGAAAACAAUGUCGGCCGGCGGGGAGAAGCGGAAAGCGCUGUAGUCCCGCUUCUGGAGAGGAAUACCGGGACAACCGCGGAGCCGAACAAACACAAACCCAUGCUCCUGUUUUAUUUUCACACGGAUUUCUCCUCCUCCUCCUCCUGUCCUCGGUUUGAAUCUGGGCAAGACCUCGGAUACUGAACCAUGAAAGUCACGGUGUGUUUUGGCAGGACCCGGGUGGUGGUGCCGUGCGGGGAUGGAAAUAUUAAAGUCCACACACUGAUCCAGCAGGCUGUCAUGAGAUACAAGAAGGCCAUCGCCAAGGACGCCAGCUACUGGCUGCAGGUCCACCGGCUGGAGCACGGCGACGGCGGCAUCCUCGACCUGGAUGACGUGCUCUGCGACGUGGCCGACGAUAAGGACAGGUUGAUAGCAGUGUACGACGAGCAGGAGCCCCAUCAUGGAGGCGACGGUACCAGCGCCAGCUCCACGGGGACCCAGAGCCCCGACCUGUUUGCCGCAGACCUCAGCGCUGGAAGCGGAGCCUCGGCCUUCCAACCCUACCAGGGCGCCAGCGAGAUCGAGGUCACGCCCUCAGCCCUGCGCACCAAUAUGCCCCUCCACGUCCGGCGCAGCAGCGACCCCGCCCUGCUGACCAUCAAUGGGCCGUUCAGCGGCGGCGAGUCUCGGGUCCAAACGGAAGAGCCGCCAUCAAGGAAGAACCCAACCCGCUGGUCCACCACCGCCGGCUUCCUGAAAGCUCGCCACUCCUCUGGCACCAACAGCCUCGAGAGGAAGGGUAAAGGCAUGGACACGUACCGCAGUCUGCCGCGGGAUGCAGGGACGUGGGCCAAUCAGAGAGAGUUUCAGAGAGAGACGGCCCGCUCAUCACUAAGCGCCAAUCACCCCAUGGUGGACCGCUGGCUGGAGAGACAGGAACAGGACGAAGAGGCCAGAGAAGAAGAAAACGGCAGGAUCGACCCGGUUGGUCGAGCUGACUCCUGCAUGGACCACACCCCUGUGAGGUCACUAGAAGACAUAGUCAAACUGGUGGAGGUGUCAAACGAUGGUGGGCCCCUGGGAAUCCACGUGGUGCCUUUCAGUGGCAGGGACCGCAGGACUCUUGGCCUGUUGGUCAAGCGCCUGGAGAGGGGAGGCAAGGCCGAGCAGCAAGGCCUCUUCCAGGAGAACGACUGCAUCGUCCGUAUCAAUAACGGCGACCUGCGAAACAUUCGCUUUGAACAAGCCCAGAACAUGUUCCGUCAGGCCAUGCGCUCCCCUGUCAUCAUGUUCCACGUGGUGCCAUCGUCCAUGAAGGCCCACUACGAGCAGCUGUCCCACGCCGAGAGGAACCCGGCGUACGCCUCGGGCCGUUUCAGCCCCGACUCUCUGACCGGCAGCACCGUCUCCGGCAUCGACCACACCCCGCAGAGGAUGUCCCGACACGGUUCCCAGAGCCACGCCCACUCCCACCCGCAUCCCCAUUCCCAUCCGCACCCAGACCAGAGUGACGGCUAUCCGCCUCUGACCCACCCGGCGGUCUCUGCGGCCAAGCCUCCCACAGGACACGCCCACUCGCCUCAGAGGGGGCUGAACUCCACGCCAACAGCAGGAUUUACCAAAAAGGUCGGGAGGAGGCUCAACAUCCAGCUGAAGAAAGGUCCCGAGGGUCUCGGCUUCAGCAUAACAUCGCGGGACGUUCCCAUCGGCGGCUCGGCACCCAUCUACGUGAAGAACAUUCUGCCUCGGGGAGCUGCCAUCCAAGAUGGCCGCCUCAAGGCAGGAGACAGGUUGCUGGAGGUGAAUGGAGUGGACCUGAAUGGGCGGACCCAGGAGGAGGUGGUGUCUCUGCUCAGGGCGACACCCAUGGGCGGGGCCGUGGGGCUGCUGGUUCUACGCCAGGAGGACACGUUCCUCCCCCGAGAAGUGAACGCUGAGCCCCAGAUGCAAUGCCCCAGAGACUUGCAUCCAAGGCAGCCGGUGACAGCCGGGAAACCCCAUUGGCUGAUUGAGAAGACGGAGGAGGACGACUUGGUCCUGACCCCAGACGGGACCAGAGAGUUCCUGACCUUUGAGAUCCCGCUCAGCGACUCGGGUUCAGCCGGGUUGGGUGUCAGCGUCAAAGGCAAUCGCUCCAAGGAGAACCACGCUGACCUGGGCAUCUUCGUCAAAUCCAUCAUUAACGGAGGGGCGGCCUGCAAGGACGGGCGGCUUCGAGUCAACGACCAGUUGAUCGCCGUCAAUGGAGAGUCGCUGCUGGGCAAAACCAACCAGGACGCCAUGGAGACGCUACGCAAGUCCAUGUCAACAGAAGGCAACAAACGUGGGAUGAUCCAGCUCAUCGUGGCCAGACGAGUGGCCAAAAGAAACGAGGAGGCGCCAGGAAGUCCGCUGGGAUCUCAGACGAUGAACACCUCUCUGGACGACCACGAGCGCCGAAUCUCCCACUCCCUGUACGGUGGCCUGGAGGGCCUGGAUGACAACUUGAUGCCACGACAAGGCAUGAUGCCUCGCACAAUCGGAAACUAUCAGCUCUCGCCGACGGUCAACAUGCCGCAGGACGACACUGUGAUCAUAGAGGACGACCGGCCGCCGCUCCUCCCGCCACACCUCUCUGACCAGUCGUCGUCCAGCUCCCACGACGACGUGGCCUUCGCCGCUGACGUGACGCCGCCGUGGGCCAAAGAGCUGCCCAAUCAGAAUGACAACCCCCUGAGUCCAGAUGAAAACGAUCCAGACGCCGCUUUCCAAAGGGAGGGCUUCGGACGCCAGAGCAUGUCGGAGAAACGCACCAAGCAGUUUGGAGACGCUUCUCAGCUCGAGAUCAUCAAGACACGCAAGUCCAAGAGCAUGGAUCUAGUAGCCGACGAGAUUAACCUCACCCCUCGUCCUGAGAUCAACACAGGCUCUUCCACAAAGGAUGUCGGACCAUCGCUGGGCUUAAAGAAGUCCAGCUCUCUCGAGAGCCUCCAGACAGCUGUUGCCGAGGUAACCCUCAACGGGGACCUCCCCUUCCACAGGCCACGCCCCCGUAUAAUCAGGGGGCGGGGCUGCAACGAGAGCUUCAGAGCGGCCAUCGACAAAUCCUACGACCGACCGGCUGCGACGGAGGAAGAGGAUGAGGGCAUGGAGACAUUGGAGGAGGACACAGAGGAGAGUUCACGAUCAGGGAGAGACUCGGUGUCCACGAUGGCCGACCAGACCCCGCUGUCCGGCUCCGAGAAACCGCUGGUCAACGGCACCAAUCGCACCAAAGAGGAGAAGAAGAAAGACAAAGACAAAGACAAGGGAGGGAAGGAGAAGAAGAAGCAGGACGGUGGGAAGGAGAAAGAAAAAGGAAAAGCCAAGAAGGGCAUGCUGAAAGGACUCGGGGACAUGUUCAGGUUUGGGAAACACCGUAAGGACGAGCGGCCGGGGGAGAAGAUGGAUCGUAAAGGCUCCAGCAAGUGGAGGCCAGAGGAGACGCAGGUUUCAGAGGAGGAGACGAUGAAGAUGAGGAUGGAGCAGGAGAGGAUCCAAGCCAAGACCAGGGAGCUGAGGGAGCGCCAGGCCAGGGAACGGGACUACGCCGAAAUCCUGGACAUAAGCCGCACGGUGGAGAGGGCGUCUGAGGAGGAGCACCCGUACGCAGGUAUCAACCCCCUGAACAGCUCUGUGGACAGCGGGCACAGCCGGCCCCACAGCCCCCGCGAUGAUUACCCCCACAUCCACCCGCAUCACCAGCACCAGCACUCAGAUUCCCUCUACACCCAAGUCAGCAAAGCCCGCAACGACCGGCCUCCGUCUGCAGACAGUAACCGACUAGCCCCUAGCAACCACGACCGGAUACAGAGGCUGAGGCAGGAGUUCCAGCAGUCCCAGAGCGUCCCGGACGACCCGGACGACCGCAGGAGGACCUACAGCUUCGAGCAGCCCUGGUCUAACACCAGCAGCAACGGUCCGGGCGGGUACAGCCAGCCGGGUCGCCACUCCGUGUCGGUCGAGGUUCAGAUGCAAAGGCAGAGACAGGAGGAGAGAGACUCGUUCGCCCAGGCGCAGCGACAGUACAGCUCCCUGCCACGGCAGCCCAGGAAGAACCCCAGCUCCAUCUCCCAGGACUCGUGGGAUAAGGCGUACCCACCUGGAGAGGGCUUCCAGACAGCAAAGGACAACCCCAGGUACUCCAGCUACCAGGGCUCCAGGAACGGCUACCCGGGCGGCGGCGGCGUCAACGCCCGAGUCCUUCUGGAGGCCCAGGAGCUCCUGAGGCAAGAGCAGAGGCGCCGAGAGCAAGAAGCCAAAGGGAAGUUAAUGCAGGAGAGCACCGGUAACAGCAGCUAUGAGGGGUACUCAACAGCGCACCUGAAGGACCCAGCAUCCCCCAAGGGUCCGUAUCGCCAAGAUGUGCCACCGUCGCCUUCGCAGUUAGCGAGGCUUAAUAGAUUGGGGUCAGAGAAAGGAAGACUUUUUUAUUCCUGAGGAGUAUUGUUGACUGAUGGAUGAAGAGCUCAUCAGAGAACUUGUGGAUCAGGAGCUGAAGGGGGGUUACCUUCAAGAAACCGCAAAAAGUGGACGCUACAAAUCUUGACAAAGGGACAACCUAAGGGUCUUCUAGCUUAGCGAUGAUCUUAGAGGUAAACAGUUGUGCUGUAUACUCAGUAUGUGGGUGUUUGUGUUCAGUCCCUCGCUGUGCUGAUGACCUAUACCAGUAGUCAGUCCCUCCUACAGACAUGAGAUGCUCAGUGCCUUCUCCACAUUCACGAACACCACAGUCGUCCAGGACUCUGAUUCAUCGAGAUCUGGCACCGUCACGUACUGACAAUCAAAUGGGCAGACAGGCGAGCGAGUGGGCGUUCUCUUGAGCCCGCGGGGAGGCGUCAGAUUCUGUGUGUGGGUUUGUGUGUGGGCAUGUGACAAGGUACACGUUUCGCCAUCGGCCGUGUGCGACGCGGAUUUACAAAGCGUCCCGCGGACGACUCUCCCCAUCGGUCACGAACCGCUUCACUACAGUUAACACCCGACCCCGACCGAUGCUGCCGGCGUUCCUCAGCAUCCUUUUUUUUCCUCUCCUUCCAACGUUUUCUCCUCAGCAAUCGAGCUCUCUCACUUGAGUCCUCCCCGGGGAGCCGCAAAAACAAGGCAAAGUGUAUGAAAGACGAAGGGCGCAGUGUGUGUGUGUUAUUAAUAAAAAAAAGCACCCCUCAUAAAUGAUUCAUAUCGUGUGUUAUCUCCGUGGAGGAGACCCAGGCAGAGAGGGUAGACAGCUCUGAUCCUCUGCCUGGCCCCCCUGCACUGCUCUGGGCUUGUUUCCCCGGCCCGCUUGCCUGUCUGUCUGGAGCUCUGGCUUCCAUCCUCCUCUCGUUGUUCUCGUCGCCUGUUCAUUACCUUUAAUUCUUCUACCUCAACACCCCCACCUUUGUCCUCCUCUCCUCCUCGCUCAUCUCCCACCUUCCUCUCAUCUCACCCCUCCCCUUCCUCUUACUCUUCCUCCUGCUACCCACUACCACCCUCCUCCUCCUCCUCCUCCUCCUCCUCGUCUCCCGAGUCAGGCUCUGCACUGAAUUUUUCAUCACAAGCCACCUGCUGCCUGCCAGAGCCAAAUAACGCUGCCACCAAAGGCACCGACAGAGGGCCCGGCUUCUGACAUAGAGAGAGGAAUAAAAGAAAAAAAAGCAGCCAGAAUAAAGAUGGUUAGAGAGACAAUGAGCCUCCCAGUGAGAGAUUAACUGGAGCUUUUCUCCCAUUUUUAACAAAAGGAAAAAUUGUCGUCAAGAGUUAAUUACUUUCAAUUUGCCGUAAUUGCUUUCUCUAUUUUUACCUUUUUAAGCUGACACUCCAGAAUUUUUGGAAACUGCUUUUUUGAACUGCUCUCUUCCAAAGAAAUACUUUAAAUGGCAACUUUUCAUAGUGUGACCAGUGAAGGCCCGGUUAGACCAGAAAGCAGAACAAAAUAAGCAGUGCAAGAAAAUUGGUGACAUACACAGAGGCCUGGCUAGCCUGCCAGAACGGGCUAACGUUUACCAUCUACUCCAGUCUUAAUGCCUCUUUUAUGGAGCAGUUUAUACUCUAAAUGAGCAGAUGGUGUAACUCGGCUAGUUAGCUCUGUUAGCUCUGUUAGCUUCCUCCAUUCUCGCCUCCGUGGCUUCACGUCUCCUCAAAGGGCGGCGCUGUCAAGGCAGGUCGCUGUCGGACAAAAGCGAGAAUCCGUGGGCCAAACGUGAAGUUUGAUGAAAGGGUCUCAUGCAGUUUUGCUUUGCCCCUGCCAGCAAAUCGUGGCUCAUUCCAUUAAAAUUUAAUUUGCUGAUGUGUUGAAUGCUGGUGUGACUGGGCCUUAAGCAGGACACAGUUUUUGGUGAGAGAUGAGAUUGCUUUUAAAUUCAUUUUUUUUCAAUGCUGUGAGGACCACAAAUGAAAUUGCAUUUACUGCCAGUGUAGUAGGGUGGCUUAGGGAAAUCUCCAAAACCUGAACAAAUUUAAACCAAAACUAGAUGCAAAUACAAAAAAAAUAUCUAAAUACUGUAUCUACUGUAGGAGAUCGCUGCUGACAAAGAAGGUUUUUGUCAUUUGGUUGGGUCAGACUCUGUAAACCAGUGGCGUUUUGAUUGGGAAUCAGUCUAGCCCAGUGGCUUGUUCCAUUAUGACCUGAGAGUAUUUUCAUUCCAAUCAAACUCUGCAGCCGCUGAUUAGCAUUUUUUUCACCCAGAGAGGAGGAAGCAAUCAGUGGAACCAGCUGCUGGAGUUGUAGGUCUGAGAGAAGACCUUGGACGUUGAUGACACAUGCUUAAAUCGCUGCCACAGCCCACCAGCCCACUAAUAUAAUUAUUGCAGUAGGAGGCAACCGAUCCUCUCAGUCUGAACCCACCCUUCUUUGACAUCGCUAAUGUUUGCGACGUGAUUGUCUCUGCCAGCGAGUGAACAAAUGAGAUCGAGCUGGGGUCGAACUUUAAACAAAAGGGAAGUACAAAAAAAAAAAAAAGUUGCUAUGAUCAAGCUGUGGAAAACAAACAGGCGGUACGUAAUUGCCCUUCACUCCUACACAUCCUCCAUAUGCAGAGUGAAGCUGCAUGACAUACAUUAUCUCCCGCUGGUUAAUGAAGACGCUUGCUGGGAAAGAUUCAGGCUUAGUAGAGGCAAUAAACAAGGAACUGAAAUAAUAAGAAGAUGAAGAAAACGGGACUUUUCAAUGGCAUUAUUCCAGUGUGUAAACCUGUAUUUUAACCUGAGGAAAGUUCACAAUACUGCUCUGAUUUAAGCUAACUAAAAUGUCCCGUCUGCAUUAUGUAUGUACGUUGGGUGCAGCAGCACAAACACACUACGCUUGCCAGUGUGUUGUUGAAUCCACACAACAAUGGAGCUCUGAAUGGUUGUUUUUAGUAAAAGGUGUCUGGUUGUAGCGGCCAGCACUUCCUGCUGUGAACACUCGUGCGUCUGCACAUUUAGAAGGACGUAUCUGACCUGUCGCGGACGUCGCCGUUCAGCUGUCUGCGUGCAGGAUCUCAUAUCGAUAAGUGCCUGAGAUGACGUCGUGAUAUUUUACACAAAUAGGGAAACGAUGCGAUUUGUUUGCCAGCGACACCACAGCACACAAUCCGCGGUGUGUUUUUGGAACGUUUUUAUCGUAUUAAAAUGUGUCAUAUUCGGGGUACUCCUUCCUGACCCUUUUUUAAAAGUUUAUUUACAAGAGCCAACACUCACGAGCGGUUAUCAGUGUAUUUGUAUCCUGUUUUGACGUUGCCUUCAACCAUGCUGUACCAUGACGUGUUUUAAAGUAUAAAAAGAAAUGGAAGCUGAUGUGCAAUUGUUUUGUUUUUGUUGUUGUUGUUUUUUUCCAGAAAACUUUUACAUGAUAUAUUAAGAAAUGUAUACGGCCACUUUUCCUGUACAUAUCAAAUUUAGAAUAAAACGGAAGGCUGUUUCAUCCGGUGUA